UUGAAUUCAUUUUUCACGUUAUUAAGGUCGAGAGCGAAGCACACUCUUCCUGAUCUCCCGUAUGACUACAAUGCUCUGGAGCCCGUUAUCUGCAAUGAAAUCAUGCAGAUCCAUCACCAGAAGCAUCAUGCCACAUAUGUAAAUAAUCUGAACACCUGCGAAGAAAAAAUUCACGAAGCUCUAUCAAAAGGUAACAUAAAGGAAGCCAUAGCUCUGCAACCAGCGCUAAAAUUCAAUGGUGGAGGUCACAUAAAUCACUCCAUUUUUUGGACGAAUCUGGCGAAAGACGGAGGCGAGCCGAGCAAAGAACUCAUGGACGCCAUAAAAAGAGAUUUCGGGUCGUUGGAAAAAAUGCAAGAGAAGAUGUCCGCAGCUACGAUUGCGGUUCAAGGUUCCGGUUGGGGAUGGCUCGGCUACUGUCCCGUUGCCAAGAGGCUUAAGAUUCAAACCUGCGCUAACCAAGAUCCACUCGAGCCAACAACUGGACUGAUUCCACUUUUCGGAAUCGACGUCUGGGAGCAUGCAUACUAUCUACAGUACAAAAACGUACGUCCGGACUACGUUAAAGCUAUUUGGAAAAUUGCCAACUGGAAGAACAUUAGUGAAAGAUUUGCGAAUGCACAGCAUUGA